AUGUGGACGAGAAGAAGGUGGAUCGCAAUCGGUGUCGGAAAGCGUGUCUUGGGUCGUCUGGGCAUUGAUAAGGUAUCGAGUCGCACGACAUCACAUGGCUGCUGGCGUCGCGUGUCUCAGUGUCGUAGGGAUGCGGCAGGUUAUCGUCGGGCAGCGCUGGGCAGCCGGUGCACUCGGAUCAUCUCGCGGCAGCGCUGGGCAGCCGACGGUCAUUUGUAUGUGAAAAGCGACGUCUACGGUUUUGGAGUGGUGCUUUUAGAGAUAAUAACAGGCCUGCGAGUGCUGGACCUCAGUCGGCCCAGUGGGCAGACCAAUUUGGUGGAUUGGGCCAAGCCUUUCCUGCCUAACAAAAAGAAGCUGAGGAAACUAAUGGACCCCCGGCUUCAGGGUCAGUAUCCAUCAAAGGCCGCGUUCGGCAUAGCAGAGCUCAUAUUAAAAUGCCUCGAGCCCGACCAGAAACUCUGGCCCGAUAUGGAGGAAAUUUUGUGUGAAUUGGAGAAGAUGAACGAAAUUCACAUGAAGCCCAAGGAGGUUAGGGCCCAAGGGAAACGACACCAACAAAAUGGGGACCUCUACCCCCGGUACCACGGUCGGGCCCACCACACGUACGAAGGAAGAAGUGGUGGUCAGGCCCAUGGGGCCGGCCCUCGGGAUCACAAUAAUGCGAAGGUGGUCCGGACUUAUUGA